CCCAAGUUUAAUUAACUCGGCCGGACUCCAGGUUCUUAACGCCCAGAGGUUACCAAACUGCCCCUCCUCUCACCCUUCCGCUUCGUUGAGGCCACCCGGCCGCCAUCUCAGGUUACCCAAACCGGCAGCGAACCACCGGAGCUCAACUGAGACACCAAAGCCCUCCUCUCCUCUGAUUCUGAACUGCUCCACCUCCCCGAUCUUCAUCAUGUCUACGGCGGCUGCAUCCCGGCCCAGCGGCCCCAUCCUUUUGAGUCCCUUUCCCAACUACCAAUCCGCCUCGCUCUCCCGCGUCAAGCUCUCCGUCGCCGGCUCGCCGGUCAAGUCCUUCAGCGUCUCGUCUCCCCCCUCCUCCCCCACCACCGCCCCCAAGAUCCGUCGGUCCUGCAUGUGCUCCCCGACGAACCAUCCCGGCUCGUUCCGCUGCAGCCUCCACAAGGAGCGCAAGCAGGAGGUCCCGGCCGCCGGCAGCUGUAGCAAGCCCGCCUCACCGCCUUCGCCGCCUGCGAAUUCGAAGCUCACGGCGAGCCCGUUCGCGCAGCUCGUCCCCAGAGGCAGCGGCAGCUCUAAACGCUCAUACAGCGGGCUGGCGCAGCGCAUCCCCAUGGGGAGCGGGCACUGGGCACGCAAGGCGCUCGUGCCGUCCCACGCGGUGCAGCAGCUGCAGCACCGGAAGCGAGUGGUGGAGCGGUUCCACGCCGGGCCCAGCCCGCUCUCCGCCGCCUCCAUGGCCGGCCGCAGCAACCAGUAAAUACUGAACAUAGUAGCGAGAUGCGUAUAUACUGAACAUACUGUACAUAGGAAAGAUCGGUGGGGAUUUGGCCGGCCCAGAAGAUUGGAGUUUUAAGACACAAUUUGAUUCCGGGAUGGUCAAUUAGCUAGCCAGUAGAUACUGUACAUAGAGUGAGCCUCUUCUUCCUCCCCGCUCAGCUGCACAUAGAGUGAGUUCUGAGUUCGUCCUCUCAGCUCCACUUGUACAUAGAGUGAGCUCUUGUCCUCUCUUCCCGCUGUGUACAACUGCCCUUGGUUUUGGUCUUCUGGAUAUACAUCAAUACUAAAUGAGUGACAAAUUGGAGACA